CCCUUGACCCCUAGUAUGAUGACGUAUGCGGAAGUGACAGGGGAACAACAACAGAUAGAGGACGAAUCGGUCUCUGUAAAAGAUUGGAACAGUGGCCUUAAACUAGCCUUUGCUGGCUUGUUUUACAGAGCUUAUGUGAUAUAGGAGAAAAUAUAGAUGCACAGACUGCAAGGUACAGCCUGACAACAAGUUUUCCAAGUUACUGAGUGAUGUCUGAGGCAGAAGCUGACCUGCUGAAGAUCCUGUGUGGAGAGACACCAGGGCCGUUUGUGUGUGAUGUGGAUCCCAUAGGGGCUGACUCAGACAAAGAGCAUGUGAUAGCGAAGAAGACCGCUGGGUGGAUCGUGUGUGGUGUGCUGCUGAAUGACCAGGGACAGGUUCUGAUGAUGCAGGAGGCCAAGGUGUCGUGUCGGGGCACCUGGUACCUUCCUGCAGGCAGGAUAGAACCCAACGAAACCUUCCAGGAAGGUGUAUGUCGUGAGGUUGAGGAAGAAACGGGCCUGACCUUUGAACCCUCUACCCUCCUCAUGGUGGAUGUCAACGGGGGUCACUGGGUCAGACUGACCUUCACUGGGACUGUCACGGGUGGUAAGCUGAAAACCCCUGCUGAGGCAGAUAAGGAAUCCCUGCAGGCACGGUGGUGCAGUUUAGAGGACAUCAAGACUGAAAACGACAUGCCUAUCAGAGCCAAGGAUAUCUUCCCCAUCAUAGACCUGGCUGUACAGCACCAGUCCACUCCAGAGCUCCAGAAACCCCCAUGUGUGCUCCCAGUCUUACAACCUCACAAGUUUGUCAGUCUCAGGCUUGUUCUACUGAAGGAGUGCUCUGAAGGCAAUGUUCCAGAGUUACUAGUGAGAACCACGCCCUCCCCCCACCUCCCCACCACACGGAUGUUACUCAAGGACUGGUCCAUAGUGCUACCUCUACUCAGGCUUCUCAGGACAGCUAUGGUGCUUACAGGUGAGGCACUGUCAGAUAAACUGCCCAUCCAACCUGUAGGUGUGUUAGGUGUUGAACACCUGGGAAAACACAUGGCCUGGCUGACGGCAUAUGCCUCACCUUACUCUAUACACUUGCAACUGGGGA